GGGUACAUACUAAACUAAUAAGUAGUAUACCAGUUGUACUUGAAAGUUGGCACCUGAGCCUGACGGACAGCGGAGUGCCGACUUAGAAUAGUUAAUAGAAUUGUGUCGGCUGCGGACUAACGGUUCUUACCAAAGAGUAUUUAAACACUACGUUCUUACAUUUUCAGGUUAUGUUUAUAAAAUAAUAAGAUUUAUUAGAACAUUCCUUUAUUUUAGAGUAAUGUAAAUAUUACGAGUUGCGAGACUAUUCUUAAUGAUUUGUUUCUUAAAAGGACCAUAUUAAAUAGAACUAUGAAUAAAGGAGUAGUCCAAGGAAUCUUCCUGAAGAUCCUCAAGGAAGAGGAGGAUGUAUCAGUCGGUGUUGCAGCUAUUAAAACAUUGCUUACUGUUAUUGAAAAUUACAAAGUGGGCACAGUGAGAGAACUAGAUCUGAACUUACAACUAGCUGUGGACGCAAUGAGGCACUGUGAUCAGCCUGUGGCUGCAAUAUCUUCGGGAUGUGAGUUGUUUAUGAGGUUCAUCACUUUUGCCAAGUUGGAUGUAAAGUCAUUUGAAGAAUGUGAACAGAUAAUGUUACAACGAGGAAGAAUAUUUUUAGACACAUUACUAGAAGCAAGAGGAAAAGUUGCAAAACAAGCUUUACCUUUCAUCAGAGAUGGAUGUAAAAUCCUCACACAUUCUAGAUCAAGAGUUGUUCUAGCGGCAAUGCUAGAAGCAGUAAAAGCAAAUAAGAGGUUUCAAGUUUUUGUUACAAUGUCUUGUCCAGACAAUAGUGGGGAGAGGAUGCACAAAGAGCUGGUGGCAGCUGGAGUAGAGGCGACACUCAUACUGGACUCCUCUGUGGGCUACAUCAUGGAGCAGGUGGAUAUUGUGAUGAUCGGUGCAGAGGGAGUCACAGAGAGUGGAGGCAUUAUCAAUAAGAUUGGUACAUACACAUUAGGGAUGUCAGCGUUAGAACUCAAGAAGCCAGUGUAUGUGCUGGCGGAAAGUUUCAAAUUCUCCAGAAUAUAUCCCCUGAACCAACAAGACUUGCCGAAUGAGUUCAAGUAUUUGUCGAGUGUGCUGCAGUCCAAAGACCUGUCGCGCCAGCACCCGCUAGUCGACUACACUCCGCCUGCCUACAUCACGCUGCUGUUCACUGACCUGGGAAUACUGACUCCAUCAGCUGUCAGUGAUGAACUAAUUAAAUUGUAUUUGUAAAAAAAUGUAUACCUAUUAUUUUGUU